CCAUUUCAAAUCAUGUACAGGCCCUUGCCAUUCGAACCAAUGGCGAAUAUGCGUGACGCGUGUUGGACUGGCAGAUUUCGCAGAGAUGUCGUCGCCCUGCUCUGGGUCCUGCUGUUCUUGAAUCUGGCAGAUGCCGCCUCUGGACAAGAAAACGCAUGCAACAAGUCGUUUGCGGCCCAACUACACAAGUUCCAAUCAACAUUCCGCCAAAUUCAGCAUCAUUACAGGCUCAACUUGCAAGACAAUCAGAUCACGCAGCUGGCUGCUGGGUCGUUUGCGGGUCUAUAUUCCCUGUCUCGCUUAACUUUGGACAACAGCGCGAUCACAACGUUGGAUUCGCAAGCGUUUGAUGGACUAACCGCUUUGUACCAGUUUUCUUCACUGUCGAUGAUUUCAACUUUGACGUUCAGCGGAAUGCCGGCUCUGCGAGUUCUAUUUCUGAGCAAUAAUGCAAUCACGGCGAUCCCUGCGGGUGCAUUUUAUAGCCUCUCCCGGUUGGAUUUCUUAGAUCUGAGCUAUAAUGCAAUUACGGCGAUCGCUGCGGGUGCAUUUUCUGGUCUCUCACAGUUGGGAUCCCUCAAUUUGGCCAACAACCAGCUGACCACGCUGCCGCCAGGACUGUUUCAAGGAAUGGGUUCUGUUUGGAGUAUAGCUCUUUCGUCCAAUAACUUUACUUUCGGAGGCAACUCUCUUGCGCCACCCAGCACAUACGGUUCUGCUUCCGAUCCAAUCCCUUGCGAUGCAGCGUGUGCGACCUGCUUUGACGCUGGCGCGUCGUCGUGCUGUCCUGCAUUCUGCCUUCGCUGCUCAUCCGCCAGCACCUGUACAAUCUGCUAUGAUGGCUAUGUUUUGAAUGGAGCCGCUUGCGUGGCUACCGCUGCGACCAAUAUGACCUUGUCGGUUGCGUCGCAAUCGGCCGCGUCUGCGACUUCAGUGCGAUUUCUGGCGUCUCUUGCUUCUGUUGCUUCUGUAACCUCAGUUGCACCGUUUGUAUCAUCCGCGUCCGUGGCGUCCGCCAAGUCCGCGGCAUCCGCGUCCUCUGUCUCGGCCGUCUCUGUCUCUUCCGUGUCUGUCAAAUCUGUCAAUUCUCAGUUUGUGUCAACACUGCCAGUUCUAACGCAACCUGCUCUGAGCUCGACCUCUGCAAUCGUCCCUCCUGCAGUCUCGACAACCCCCAGCAGUAGCCACAGUGGGGAUUCGCCCGCCACAAACAGCAAUCACAGCAGUGAUUCGAAUACUCCACUGGUCAUUGGGCUGAUUGUGAACAGCGUUGUGCUUUUGAUUGUGAUUAUCGUCCUCAUUGUCAUGGUGGUGCGUCGUCGCAACCAGAACCAACUCUUCCAAGACAAACCUUCAGCUCGGUUUGCGUACGACGCUGAACGCGAUCUGUUGCCUAUGACAAGCGUGACCAUCCCUGCCGCUUCUGACGCACACGUACCAGCCUCAGCUUUUUCCGCCACAUAUCAAGCUCAAGCGUCCGACCGCCUUGCUCCCUUGGUUGCAACAGAACAUCUCCGAGACGCCUUGACCCUAGACAAGACCCUUGGCUCGGGUGCGUUUGGCGUAGUUGUGCUCGGCCAUCUUCCUCGGGACCUGGUGCCGAGCAGCGCGCGUCAUUUGCUCCAAGAGCCAAGCCAGCAAGUUCUGGAUGUCGCUGUCAAGUGCCUUCAGCCCAACGCGACUGAAAAGUCCCGGAUUGAGUUUGUCGAGGAGGCUCGAAUGGUCGCCCGACUCAAUCACCCCAACAUCAUCCAGUCGAUUGCCGCUUUGCUUGAUGCCGAGCCCUACAUGAACGUUUUGGAGCUGAUGCCGCACGGCGAUUUGCGCGAGUUGCUCAAGAAGAGCAGCGCUGCAACUCUGCAAUGGACGCGGGGAGAGUUUGCACAUGUUCUCGGACAAGUGGCUGGUGCGCUGUCGUACCUCGAGUCGAUUCGCUUUGUGCAUCGCGAUAUUGCUGCUCGAAACUGUCUUGUCGGUCCAGGCCUGACGGUCAAACUUGCAGAUUUUGGUCUUUCACGCACGCUUGCCGAGGAAAGCGAUUACUAUCGCAUGGAAUCGAAGGGCCGUCUCCCUGUGAAGUGGAUGGCUCCAGAAUGUUUGAACUUUCGCAAGUUUACUCACCAGAGCGAUGUCUGGGCUUUUGGAGUCCUUGCUUGGGAGGUCUAUUCGUACGGCGCAGUGCCGUACGGUCAACUCAAAGGCCCCGAGGUACUGACACAAAUCCUUGGCGGACAGCGACUCGCCAAGCCCAGCGCCUGCACUCCCGAGGACUACAAGCGACUCUUGCUCUGCUGGGAGCUUGAUCCGCAUUCUCGUUCGAGUCCCUCGCAGCUGCAUGAAUACUUUGCGGGCAUUUCUGCCAAUCAGACUGUCCGCGACAUUGGUGCCCUGAUUACUCGCAGCUGA